AUGCCGGCAUCUGAAGCGGGCGGCAGCGUGGUCCGCCGGAGGCGGGUACGGAGGCGUCGUCACGACAAGUCCGCUGUCUCGGCGCGUCUUGUCUUGGAUGACCAUGUUAAGACCGACGUUGGCAUCGUGUCUGAGGAUUUGUUUGCUGAACUGUUCCCUCAUUUGCAAUAUUCUCACGACGAUGAUGAACUCGCAAGCAUCCCGAGCCCCUUGCACAUCGCUCUCGCCCCAUGGACACCCUCACACGCUCCCGAGUCUACAAACUGGGCCAUAGUCCCCGUCACACCUUCAUCCGCCCUCGCGCCGUCUACCAUACAGUUCUCCCCAUCGUCACUAGCUCUACAAUCCUUCGCUUUGAACCUGAAGCAAGUCGCGCCGUCGCAGUUGAACACCCGGAGCAGGGGCGGAAUCGAGGUCUUGGUGUUGGAUGUUGCCACCAUCGAGCUAGACACCGUGUUUGUGAGUCUUGAAGGGGAGCUGGCUAAAAGAUUGGAAAAUGGAGAGGGCAACUUCUUCCGGGAACAUCCCACGGCAGGCCCUGGCAAGGCCCCGGUUGCCUCGUCCACUCCCGAAGCGCGCUUGACGGCCGCCUUGCGCACCGCGCUCGGCACUCUGAAAGUUGUUCACACCGGAGAUAUGUUCCCGCUCCCUCUAGCGCCGCACCCUGUCACCCACGUCCCCCCGAACCCCGGCAAAAUCACUCUAUGCGAGCCGGUCGCCCAGGGGAUUCUCGGCCCCAACACCAAGAUCAUUGUGUCUCGUGGCCGCACCCACUCCAAACAUGACCGUUCAUCGGCUCCGAUGCCGCAAAGUCGGGGCCUCAACGGAGCCGCCGAGGACGACGAAGACACGGCGAAUGACCAGUUCUUCUCCGCCGCCGAAGAAGGUAUCCGGACCGACACUGCUGCCGAGGAUACGGAUGCCACCGCGACCGAAACCGAGUUUGAGGAUCCGGAGGGGGAGGAGGACGAUAUUCUAUCCGAUGAUUCGAUGGACGAAAUGAUCUCCCUCCAAGUCCCGGCAUUAUCGUCCACAAUCACGAGCGGGAUAGGCACGCCCUCCACCAUAGGGCGCGGGCGGAGGACCAACGGCAUUAGUGGCGCGGCCUCUGUGUUUUCGAACUUCACCGCAACGACGGCAAGGCCGGACCGGCCCCGGGGGCGCUUGUUCAAAGCUCAAGGGUUGAUGCAGCCCAUCCCCCCUGACGUUCUGCACCCGAAACCCACCGCUGUCGACGAUGAAGAGGCGCGAAUCUACGUUGACACCAAGGAUCUUCCCAGAAUCGGCUGCUUCUCGGGUGACUGGGUGCGGGUAGAGUCAUCUCAGGAGCCACCCACUAAUGGCUUUGGCGCCUUCGGUCUCGGAAGUUUCGUCGAGCAAGAUCCGGAUGAGGCUGGCUGGCGUCCCGCAAGGGUCUACGGACUACCAGACGGUUACUCUAACCGUCCCGUGGCCCGGGUAGCGAGCUCCAAGUACGAUGGCCGGAGGAUGUCCUUCUUCGAGUCUCAGGUUCAAAGGACCUUGAGCCCCGCCGUUUAUCUCUCUCCGAUCGUACUCUCGAACCUGGAAAACCCACCGUACCUCCGUAUUUCCCCCAUCAGACGAGGCGUGCAAGCAAAAAAUCCUCAGUCGAGGGCAUCGGUUCUCAUCCAGCCGCCAUUUGCUCGCGAAGUCAUCUUGCAGCACGUAAGGACUCCGAUUCCGGUUGAGAGGGAUGUUCAAACGGCCGUCAUGGCUGGGUUGAAGUAUUAUUUUGAACAAAGGUUACGUGUUAUCAAAACGGGAGACCUCAUUGCUGUGCCUAUCGAUACUCAGCUCGGACGAGCAUUGCAAGAGACGACCGUACCAGGCGACGAUUCGGCCAUCGAUGAUGUGCUGGCCAUGAUUUCCAGCGGACGGCCAGACCGGGGCCUUAAAUACGACGAGGUCGCCUGGUUCAAGGUCAAGCACGUUCAGCCAGUGAAGCAGGAUCCAGCUGACCUGGAUGAGGAAGAGGAGGACCCUUGGGGCUCAGUCGCUUGUGUCGACAUCUCCAUGGCGCAUCUAGAGCAAAGCGGCUCUGUGACGAGCCGUGUGCCUGGAACGUCGUCGAAUAACUGGCCGUAUUACCUCGGGAUCAAGAAGCUUCCAAAGCAACCAAAGGGUCCUGCAAGUCCCUUGGCGAUCGAACCCGAGCGGCAACAUAUUUCGCCGCUGAGGAGAAAGCUCAGGGAACUUGCGGCAGCGGCCACCAGCAAGCCCGCCCUCCACCUCAAGAUGCCUCCCGUCGCGAUCUUGCUUGUCUCGACACAGCGAAGCAUCGGCAAGGCCGCGACGGCGAGCCAAGCCUGCGCGGAUAUCGGCUUGCACACCUUCACCGUCGACGCUUACGACAUCGUGAACGAUUCCGGUGCCGGUGGAAGCGACGUCAAGACGGCGGGGUUUCUAACCUCGCGUGCAGAACGCGCCUUGAGCUGCGGCGCCGACUGCUGCGCUCUGCUCAUCCGCCACAUCGAAGCGCUAACCGCCGACCGCAUGGUCUCCUCCAUCAAGGAGAUAUUGGCAGACGCCAGAGUCCUGAUCGCCACUACAACGGAAGUGGAGAAAGUGCCUGACGGCAUAAGAGCCCUGUUCACGCACGAAUUGGAGAUGAAUGCGCCUGACGAGGCGGAGCGUGAGGGUAUUCUGCGGACAAUUUUAGACGACCGUGGCGUGAGUCUAGAUCCGGAGGUCGAGCUCGGCGGCAUUGCCCUUAAGACGGCUGCGCUUGUGGCAGGUGAUCUAGUCGACGUUGUCGAGCGGGCGCUCGUUGCUCAGCGUGCCCGCCUGGAGCAGCUGUCCGCGAAGGCCACGAACAAAGGCCAAACCGUAACAGUGCGAGAUGUGCAGGUCGCUGGUGGCCCAGCCGCUUCUGGCCUCACGAAACAAGACUUUGAAGUUGCCGUCGAGGCUGCCCGCAAGAAUUUCGCCGACGCUAUCGGCGCGCCCAAGAUUCCCAACGUUACUUGGGAUGAUGUUGGAGGGCUGAACAACGUCAAGGAGGCCGUCACAGAGACAAUCCAACUGCCACUCGAGAGACCCGAGUUGUUCGCCAAGGGCAUGAAGAAGCGCUCGGGCAUCCUGUUCUACGGGCCGCCCGGUACCGGCAAGACACUCCUGGCCAAGGCCAUCGCGACCGAAUACAGCCUCAACUUCUUCAGUGUCAAAGGUCCUGAGCUACUUAACAUGUACAUCGGUGAGUCCGAGGCCAAUGUACGGCGCGUGUUCCAGCGGGCGCGCGACGCCAGGCCGUGUGUCGUCUUCUUUGACGAGCUGGACUCCGUCGCGCCGAAGCGUGGAAACCAAGGCGACAGCGGCGGUGUUAUGGACCGCAUCGUCUCGCAGCUGCUAGCCGAACUCGACGGUAUGUCCGGUGGGGAGGACACCGGUGGCGGCGUGUUCGUCAUCGGCGCGACCAACAGGCCGGACCUGCUCGACCCAGCGCUGCUGCGUCCCGGCCGCUUCGACAAGAUGCUCUACUUGGGUGUAUCCGACACCCACGACAAGCAGCUCACCAUCAUGGAGGCCCUGACCAGGAAAUUCACACUCCACCCAUCCCUCUCCCUCCGCACCGUAGCCGAAUCUCUCCCAUUCACCUACACAGGCGCCGACUUCUACGCGCUCUGCUCCGACGCCAUGCUCAAGGCCGUGACACGACAAGCCAGCCUAGUCGACAACAAGAUCCGCACCGUCAACGCGGACCUGGGCGCGCACAACCUGCGCGCGCCCAUCUCCACGGCCUACUUCUUCGACCACCUCGCCACGCCCGAGGACCUCGCCGUCAUGGUCACCGAGACCGACUUCCUCGACGCCCACCGCGAGCUGGUCCCCAGCGUCAGCGCCGGUGAGCUGGCGCACUACGAGCACGUCAGGGCGUCGUUCGAGGGGGCCAAGGACAAGGAGAGGGAGAAGGAGGGCAAGGCGCUCGCGGACGGUGGUGCGAGGCUGGCUUUGCCCCCCGGUGCCGCCGGCGCGGGUGCCGGUGGGAGGAGGUCCACGUCGGGUGCGUCUGCGAGGAGUGCGAGCUCCAAGGGGAAGGGUAGGGCUCUUGCUCUCCCGUAUGUGGGCAAGGGUAAGGGGAAGGCGGUUGCGUUGGGGAGUGGGGAUGAGUUGGAAGGGGAGCGGUCGGGAGGGGAGGGGGUGGUGAGGGACAAGGGGAAGGGGAAGGCGGUGGCGCCUCCGAUUGCUGAUGGGACGACGCCGUUUGGGGAUGGCGUGGGGAGCGGCGAUGAGGGGUUGUAUGAUUAG